AUGGUGACAACAAGAGGUCAAGGUAGGAAGAGGUCUGCAGAAGAAGAUCAAGAUACAAGGGUAAAUGAAAGUAAAGAACCUCGAAAAACUGAUUAUGAGAGAAGGCGGGAUGCACAAAUAGCGGAGAAUGCUAAGGUGUUUGAAGCACUUGGACUGCUAAAUCUAUCUACUGAAUUUAAUAAUUCUGUACCUGAACCUGCAACAAAGAAGGGGAAAAAAUCAGCAAACCAGAAAACAAAUAGUGAAGAUUCGGAUUCAUCGGAAUUUCUCCUUGAGGACAAUGAUCAAGGAGAUAGUGAUGAUGAUGACACUGAAUCUGAUGAGCAGCCACAACCCACUAAGUGUCCUGCAGGCUAUAGGCGAAAAGUCCUCGCUUCAAAGAAGAAGAUAGUUUCCAACAUGGCUCCGGGAGUUAGGGCUACUAAGAGAGUGAGGGCACCUCAAGGUUCGCAGGUGCAACCUACUAGGGCCGAAUUAAGAACAUCAAAAAGGCUUCAACUGUCAGCAAGAGAUGGGCAGAGUGAACAUGCUCCUACAGAUGGUCAAGAUGAAAUACCACCAAGUUCUUUUACAGAUGCAGAGCAGGGCAAUGGAACUGGUGUUGAGGACAUUAUAGCCACAGAGGAAGAUAGUGGAGCUGGUGCUCAAGACAUGAUACAUGCUGAUGUAGACACUGAAGCUCCUGCACAGAGAGCCCCAAGGAGACCCAGGCCACCCACCAAGGGAACACAGCUGGACAGGAUGACAAAAGCUAUGGGAAGGAGAAUGCCCGUAGCUGUUGCUGAAGGGAAAAAAAGGCCUCAUGAACCUGUUCAAGCAGCCAAGCGUUAUCGGCUCAAGCAGAAAUACUUCAAUGGUGUAAGUGCUAAUGAGAUUAGCAAAACUUCUCCAGUUAACUGCAUGUCUGAUGAACAGUGGAGGGCACUAGUUGCAAAGUGGUCUGAUCCAAAGAACAUGGAAACAAGUGAAAAGUACAAGCUGAAUCGUGGUAAAGUCAAGUAUCAUCAGACUACGGGUUCUCGCAGCUAUGUGGCACACUUACAUGCAUAUAAGCAUCAGAGGAACAAUGCAGAACCUAGCACAGAUACCCAUGAAGAACUUGAUGUGGUGGAGGCCUUCACUUCCUGCCAUACCAGCUCCAAACAUGGUCUUAGUGAACCAGCAAGAGAAGCAGUUCUUAGUGAUGCUGCAGCCUUAGCAAUUGGAAACAAGCAUGCUGAUCAGGCUGAUCAUGUUCUGACUAAUAUGGAAGCUUUGAGGGCACAACCUGUGGCUGAAGGUGAGACAAGAGUAUCAAGUGUGCAGGUUGUGUCCCAGGUGCUCCCCAAGAACAGCUCAAACAGUUUCCUGAAGAGUGUUGGCAUCAAACCAGUGGGAACCUCCCAAGCAUCAUCAUCAUCAAAUGAAAUCGAGCUACGGGAACAACUAGCAGCUGAAGCUAAGGCUGUUGUACAAGAUGAACUCGAGGAUCUCAAGAAGAGAAGUGAAGAAGCUGAGGAGAAGCUGGCGAGGAUAGAAAGAGAGCUGGAGGAGAUGAAGAAGCUGACUGAGAUUAACACCAAGGCAAUGGAGGAGAACAAUGCGCUGCUCAAGCGUAUCUUGUCCCUCAACAAUGCUUCUUCGACAUGA